CAAGCCCCCACAAAAUUCCGAGGAAAUGAGGGUAUAAAGUAAAAUCCUGUCACCGUCCCAUUGAGCUGCUGCUGUAGAUAGAUAGAGCCUAGAGGGAGACCCUUUGUCUUCUCCUUCACUGACACCUCGAGUAACCUCCUCCUCGUCCUCCUCCUAAAAGCCAAACCCUUUUAAUUUCUAUGGUCUUUUGAGUGAAUGGCUUCAUCUCUUUUCGCAAGGACUCUCCUGGGUCAUCGCCUUUUGCACUCUUCCUCUCACUCUCUCUGCCAAAAGCCCCAAUUUUUCACCUCCCUCUUCAAUAAGGGAACAGAACACUUUCAAGCUGACCUUACCUAUACAAAUUAUAGAACAUCUGCCUGGGUUCCUCGUGUUAUGGCUUCAUCAGUAGCUGGCGCAAGAGCUGAUUUUUCAACACAAUCUGUGUCUACAAAAGAGCCUGUUGUUUCUGUUGAUUGGCUCCAUGCUAACCUCAAAGAGCCUGAUCUGAAGGUGCUAGAUGCGUCUUGGUAUAUGCCUGAUGAGCAAAGGAAUCCAAUUCAAGAGUAUCAGUUACUGCAUAUGUUACCAUCAGAGGAAGCCUUUGCUGCUGCUGUUUCUGCUCUUGGCAUUGAGAACAAAGAUGAUCUUGUUGUGUAUGAUGGAAAAGGGAUCUUUAGUGCAGCUCGUGUGUGGUGGAUGUUCCGAGUAUUUGGCCAUGACAGAGUUUGGGUUUUAGAUGGAGGCCUGCCAAGGUGGCGUGCAUCUGGAUUUGAUGUUGAAUCUAGUGCCUCUGGUGAUACAAUUUUGAAAGCUAGUGCUGCCAGUGAGGCAAUAGAGAAAAUAUACAAGGGACAAGCAGUUGGGCCCACCACAUUUGAGACUAAGUUUCAGCCACAUCUUGUCUGGACUCUUGAUCAGGUUAGAAAAAAUGUUGAGGAAGGAAGUCACCAACAUAUAGAUGCCCGAUCAAAGGCCAGGUUCGAUGGAACUGCAUUAGAGCCUCGAAAAGGCAUAAGAAGUGGUCAUGUACCUGGAAGCAAGUGCAUUCCUUUUCCACAGUUGUUGGAUUCUUCAGCGACACUCUUACCAGCAGAUAAGCUGAAAGCCCGAUUUGAUGAAGAAGGUAUCUCCUUGGAAAGCCCUGUCGUUACUUCAUGUGGUACUGGUGUGACAGCUUGCAUUCUUGCAUUGGGCCUUCAUCGACUUGGUAAGCCUGAUGUACCAGUCUAUGAUGGAUCGUGGACUGAAUGGGGAGCGCAGUCCGACACACCCGUCGACAGUUCUACAGAAAGUGCGUAAUGGAGCGGUAUUGCCGGACGCUAGUUGGAACCAUGAACAGCCUGGGGUUUGCCCCCAAUACUCAGAUUACAACGAAAGAGGUUGCAUCUCAAUUAAGACAUCCGGUAUAAGUCAUGCUAUCGAAUUGCAACCUGUGUUUUUCUUGUUAAAAUCUCAACCUUUAGUCCCCUCCUUUGUUUGAACACUGAUGAGAAUCUUAUGUGACACAUGAAUCAAAGCAGCAGAAAUAAUCCUUUGUGGUAAAUAUUUCAAGUCGAAAACCAUGUACUCUUCCUGGCUUGAUAAAGUAAAUAAGUUUUGUUUCCAUAUUU